AUGCCCUCAGUGAUGCAUGUUGCUCUCUUUCGGCUACGCGAUGGCAUGGAUGAAAACAAAAUUGCGAGUCUUCUUCAAGCCGCUCGAGAGGAGGUCCCCGGCGUUGUGGAGAUUCACUUUGGGGCGAACAAGGUGCGAAGUACAAAACACGGCGGCUUGUCGACGAACGACCAGACACAUGCGCUCGUCUCACGCCACGAGCACAAGGAGCACUUUAAAAACUACAUCCUGCACCCCCGCCACUUGGAACUCAUGCAGUACAUUUGUUCCUUCGCAGUGACCCCGGCGACAGUAGUGAAUUUCUACGCGAAUGAACGUCCUCACCUCUAA